CCUUAAAGUGAGGGAUUGUAAUUAAGAGAUUAUUGUUAUCUUGAAUGGACCUGACAUAAUAAAAGUUCUAUUUUGUCAAUAAGAUAGAGCGAAAUUGUGUUGGGUAUAUUAAUUUAUAAUUUUUGCUCAACAAUUCUUUUUGUGCAGAAAGAUAUUCACCGGAGGCUUGACAAAGAACACCACCUUGGGUUCGUGGAGAAUUGCUGCUUCCGAAGUGUAGAGCCUCUUUGGAUUAAGUGGAGUUCUCCGACAAGAGCUGGCUUCAAGCUUGGCAGAUAGUGUUACUCAAAUGUCUCAAGAUUGGCUAAUUCUAUGAUGAGUAGAGAAACUCAUACUAGAGACUGUGGUGCCUGAUGCUAAUGGAAAUGGUCCAGUUGACAACUAUAGCUAUGCAGAGCAAAUAUUGCCGUAGGUUGUCGAAUCUAAGUAUAUCAUGGAGGAUCCUUCUGCAGAACCGGUUCAUUUGAAAGUGCAAUGAAUGUUGUACAAGAUCACCUGCCUUCAUCUGUUGAGGAACAUAUUUAAGAGCCCCAGAAGCAGACCUAUGCUUCAAAGUUAUGCGUUGCUAAAGGACAACCUGCAUUAUCUGCAGCUCCUCAGCAUUCAGUUGACAGGAGUGCACCACUGGCUUCAGAUUGGAAUGAUCGUCCGAUGCAGUUGAAAGGCCUGUAGCAGAGUCCCCAUGCCAUUCCCCUAGGUAUAAGAGGCGAUCCUAAGUCUGCGCCCCAUUUUUUUCUUCCCUUUCGCUCUACCAGAGUUUCAUAAUUCUCUCUUGCUCUGAAAACCGGAGCUAAGGAACCUCGCAGUCCAGCCCUGGCUUGGUCAGUGACGCUGCCGCUGCCAUCAAGGUUUUCCUUUCCCCUUUGACUCAAUCUUCUCAAAGAUUGAAGAAAAUAACCUUAGGAUUGUUGAAUUUUGUACCCAAUUGAGAUCAAAUUUCAGUCUUUUUGUGAUUCUUCUAAUUGCGGGCAGGAUAUGGGCAUAUUGAUUGGGCUCCACUCUAUGGCAAUGAGGAGGAGGUAUCAAUUGGAACUGUGUAUGAAAGCUUUGGAGAAGAACAUAAUUGUCUAUCUGGAAACUGGUUGUGGAAAGACCCACAUAAGCGUGUUGCCUAUGUAUGAACCUGUUGAUACUCAAACCUCAGAAGAACAUGUGUGUUCUGUGUCCUGGAGAUCGUUGUGGUAUAUAUGGAUCAAAUUGCUCCCAAUGGAUUAUUGCAAUAGAGCUGUGUUCUUUCAGAUUUUGAAGCCUGACAUGUUUCUAAAGAAGAUGGAGAGAGAGGUUAGAAGAAGAGGAAGAGGAAGAGGAGAUUGAGUGUCAUAUUAUGAGAGUUGCUAGGACUGAAGACCACUAAAUGCUGAAGAAUGGAGUGGAUUUAUGUUAUUAUGCAUAUAUAUGGUCAAGUAAUGUUUAAAUGUACUGUUAUGAACGUUGUCAAAUAGCAUUGGUAGUAGUAUAUAUGUCAAGUUCGCUGAUUUAGUUUCCUUUUGAGACAUUGGACUGUAAGAGUUUGUGUGACAUAUUAGAAUCUUCUUCUUAUUGGCCCCGUGGCUGGCAAUCUUAAAUAGAUUCGGCCGUGUAUGCUAGAGCUAUUAGUUGAUUUUCUGCCUCA